AUGGGUGCUGGACAGUCGUCGACGAGCGGUGCUCAAGAAGCAGCCCCCGAGGCACAGAAGACGGGCUACUACACCCUCCUUGGUAUCGAACGUGAUGCUACCGAAGACGAAAUCAAAAAGGCCUACCGUCGCAAGGCUCUCGAGCUACAUCCCGACCGCAACUAUGGAAACGUCGAAUCCGCCACCGCAAUGUUCGCUGAAGUUCAGUCGGCCUACGAGGUUCUCUCGGAUCCUCAAGAAAGAGCUUGGUACGAUUCACACGAAACUCAGAUCUUGAGAGGCGACGAUCCUACCACUGGUGGUGCAGGUGGGGGCGAGUAUGAGUAUGGCAAUGUGAAGAUGACCAGUGCCGAAGAUCUGGCUCGCAUGCUACGAAAGUUCAACAGCGGUGUCGAGUUCACCGAUGCUCCCUCAGGCUUCUUUGGUUUCCUUCGUGAGACCUUCGACCAGCUGGCCAAGGAGGAGGAAGCCGCCGCUCACUGGGAGAACCUUGAUCUGCCUGACUAUCCAUCUUUCGGUCACAAAGACGACUCCUACGACGAUGUACCCAAGUCUUUCUAUGCCAUCUGGCUGUCCUUCAGCACCCGCAAGUCCUUCGCCUGGUGCGACAAAUAUCGCUUGUCUGAGGCACCCGACCGUCGCUACCGCAGAAUGAUGGAGAAAGAAAAUCAGCGUUUCCGCGAACAGGGUAUUCGCGAAUUCAACGACUCGGUCCGCGCUCUUGUCGCCUUUGUCCGCAAGCGUGAUCCACGAUACAUACCAAACACCCAGACAGAAGCCGAACGCCAAAAGGUUCUUCGAGACGCCGCCACUGCCCAGGCCGCCAGAGCAAGAGCUGCCAAUCAGGUCAACACCGAAGACUCUGCCAUCCCAGAAUGGGCUCAAACCAUAACCAAAGACGAGCAUGAAGGCGUCAUCGAGGACAGUGAGUCUGAGGUCGAGGAAGUCUUUGAGUGUGUCGCAUGCAAAAAGACCUUCAAAAGCGAGAAGCAAUGGGAUGCACAUGAAAAGAGCAAGAAACACCAGAAGGCUGUUCACGCGUUGAGGAAGAAGAUGCAAAAAGAGAACGCGAACUUGAAUCUGGACAGUGAACCAACAAGUGGAGAUGCCACACCACUUGAUACAGAAGAUUACGAACCUCUACCCGAAGACCAAUACCCUAUGAUGGAGGACGAGCCCCUGCAAGAGAAUGAGCCUUUGACGGAAGACCAGUACUCUGUCAUGGACGAUGACGCCGCUGCCAACAUCAACAAUCUCACUCUGGACGAAGAGUUGUCUGAGUCUGGAGACGAAGCCGACACACCAUCGACCAAAAGUGCGGAAGCUAGUCAACAGCUACCUGAGCAAUCUGCAGACCCAAUUGACUCCUCAGACGAUGAGUAUGCCCCUGCAUCACAAGUCAAAGCCCGCCUUACCCAAGAUCCUCACUCAAAACCGGUAUCUGCAACAAAUCACGACGGAGAUCAAGAAUCACACACAACGCCUUCGACACAAGCACCGAAAAAGGGAAAAGCCGCCCAGAAAAGAGCAAAGAGAGCUGCAGCCGCAGCGGCCGUGUCCGCAGAGCAGGACGAAAACAACUUCAAGUGUGCAGCUUGCGAAGGCACAUUCUCGUCCAAGACAAAGUUACACCAGCAUAUCAAGGAGUUUCCCAAACAUGCUGCCCUCAAGAGUGUUACGUCUGGUAGCGGUACAAAGGGUAAGAAA